AUGCAUCGCGUGGGCAGGUGGCUCGAUCGCGGCCGAGCUGCGGCUACUGCAUCUACCCAGAGCCUGGACUCACUUGAGGAAUCACAGAAUCUGGAGACGGCGCUCCGAGCUGUGGAGCUGGUGUUGAAUGAUGAUAUCGCCGGAGCAGAAAGGAACCUUGCGGAGGGAACCUCGUCGUUUCACAGACUCGCACAAGGCACGCUUGCUUUUAUGAAGGCUACUUUGGGUUUCGAGCAGGAAGUGAUGAAGGAAGCAUCCGAGACUCUCGCAGAGGCCGAGUCGAGUGCUUCCACGAGCUAUCACAAGGCGCAGCGUGAUAGUCGGGUUUUCAACUCCAACAUAUAUGAGAAGGGCUCAGAGUUUGCAUUGUGCCAGGCGGAGGCGCAGAUCAUGUCUGCCGUCGUUGGUGUGUUGAACGAGAGUCUGACAGAGUCCAUACGAGGGUUUUACAAACUGAGAAAGGCGUAUAUGACACUUGACAGCCUUGUGCAAAUGGAAGUGGCAUACAUGAAAGCACGUGGAGUGAAGAGUCUAGGAAACUCGAGAAACCAAUCUCUUGAGAGCUUGCCUUCUGCAACUUCUGCAAAGUCCAGUCAGUCCAACUUGGUUGGGAAAGAUACAACGCAAGGCAACAGACCUGGAGAACAGCCUGCUUCUCGCCAACCUGCCCACCCUUCUGGACUCCGCAAUGCUGAGCUUGUCGGUCCAAUUGCUAGCGACGACCCCGAAGCAGACGAAUUUCACGAAGCAGAUGUGAUACAUGAGAAGAACCCCGUGACAGAAGGCUACACUGGCCAUUUAGAGGUAACUCGGGCACCGGAGGACAUGGAAGAGCUCGACCGCGACAUAGAGCGAAUGAACCUGAGCCAUCAUGCCGAUGAGUUGCAUGCUGAAGGAGUUCUGAAGCCUCCGCCUCCAGCAACAACCGGGAUGCUUACGGAAGAUGCCGACUCUGAUACAUUCUCCAACUCUCUCGACGUCUUCAUUCAUUCGGGCACAAACUUGAUGUCGGGCAUAUUGUCCCUUCUCAUCUCAAUCAUCCCGCCAGCAUUCAGCAGGCUGUUAUACAUCAUCGGCUUCCGGGGUGACCGGGAGCGAGGCAUCCGCAUGUUAUGGCAAGCUAGCAAAUUCUCAAACAUCAACGGUGGUAUGGCCAGCUUGGUUCUUUUUGGAUGGUACAAUGGAUUGGUUGGCUUUUGCGAUAUUGUUUCCGACUCGGACCCUGCAGAUCCCGAAGAUGUCGAAGGCUAUCCUGGACAGAGACUCCAGACUCUCCUGAAGGAAAUGCGCACAAGAUAUCCACAGAGCCAUUUGUGGCUGGUUGAGGAAGCCCGGAUGGCAGCUUCACAUAGACAGCUCGACAACGCUCUCGAUCUCCUUUCGAGUCCGGGGAAGAGUCAGCUCAAGCAGAUCGAAGCUCUCCACAUGUUCGAGAAGAGCCUGUGCGCCAUGAAUGCCCACCGCUACGAGCUGUGUGCAUCAUCUUUCCUUGCUUGUGCCGAUCUCAACGCCUGGUCCCGCGGACUCUAUUAUUACAUUGCCGGAGCGGCACAUCUGAGUUUGUAUCGAUAUGACAAAACUUUGACAAAAGAGAAGGCGGCAGAACAUGCAAAACUGGCCGAGGAGUAUUUCAGAACGGCGCCGACCAAAGUCGGCAAAAAGAAAAUGAUGGGAAGGCAACUGCCGUUUGAUGCGUUCGUCGUGCGCAAGAUGGCCAAGUGGGAAGAACGGGCGACUAGGUUCAAUUGCAGUUUUAUCGACGCGAUAGGAGUUAGUCCUCUGGACGAGAUGAUCUUUUUGUGGGCAGGGUACAAGAAGAUGGACGAGCGCAGGCUCCAACGGUCGUUGGACAAUCUCGCAUGGUCCGAGUCGUCGCCCCGGUGGGAGCGAGAAGACGUCGACGAACAAGCGAUCCUGGCCAUCCUCCGAGCCGUCAUCCUGCGAAACCUCCGCCGCCACGACGAGUCCAAGGAAGUGUUGCAGGAGUGGAUCUUGAACCGUAGCCCCAACGACUUCAAGGGUCAGAACAGAGACGACUGGGUCGCCCCUACUGCACAUCACGAGAUGGCCGUCAAUCUCUGGAUGCAGCGGACCGGGUACCGGCCUUCACACGGCGCCGAGCCUAUGGUCAGCCACGGAGAAGAGUCGAAGACAUCAACGGCAGUUGACUUGGUGCACGAUGCCAGAUUGGUCCAGAACUGCAAGGCACAACUGGAGAAGGCCAAAAACUGGGACAAAUACGAACUUGACGCACGUCUAGGGAUGAAGAUCACGGCUGGUCUGAAUGCGGUCAAGCAUUGGGAAGAGAAGCGUGGAAGUAUAACGAAGUAA